UUGUUGGGGUAAUGUUUUUGUUCUUGUUGUUGAUAAUAUAUGAAAUGGAUAACAUAGUAUAAAUAGUUUCAGAAAUGUGGGUUUGGUUUGGUUGGGAAACUUACUGAAAAAUGUUGGCAUUUAUCAUUAAUGUUCUUCAUGAGCUCAUCAAUUCUAUUAUCACCCAACAAUUUCAUCUUAUUUAAACACCACAAAUUUGCAUUACCAUCAUCCAACUCUAAUAACUUCCUCUCCCAUCAUCAUCAUCAGCUUUCAUUUCAAAACCAACGCUUCACUACCUUCAUUUCAAAAGCCAAAAACCAUAAAAACAAGAAAAACAGUACCACUUGGUGGCAGAAAUUUUUUCAACAGGAUGAUGGAAACUGGCUUGGUUUAAGGGAAGAUGAUAUGGUUGAAGAGGAUGUGGAAUUUGAAGUGGAAGAAGAGCAAGAAUUGUCUGAAAAUGAAAAGUUUGAAGCAUGGAAGCAAAGAGCAGAAGCUAUUAUAGAUAUAAGGGAAGCACAAGAAGAUAGGAAGAAUCAAGACCAUAGAAAAUGGGAAGACUGGCUUUUGGAAGAUGAAGAUGUUAGCAGCAGCAGCAGCAGCAGUUCUUCUUCUUGGGAGAGUGGAAUGAAAGAUUAUAGGGAGGAGUUACGAGGCGAGGAUGAUGAUUUCAACGAAAAUAAUGGGGUUGUACAGUCUGUUAAGUAUUUGAUUUUUGGAAGAGAAAAUGGUGAUAAUGAUGAUGAUAUGCUUUAUGAAGACCGUGUUUUUAACUAUGCUUCUUCAAAUUCGGCUAAAUUUUUGGGAGUGUUGAUUGUUAUACCUUGGGCAAUGGAUUUUUUGGUUCAUGACUAUUUACUCAUGCCUUUUUUAGACAGAUAUGUGAAGACUGUACCACUUGCCGCCCAAAUGCUCGACGUGAGAAGAUAUCAAAAACUUGAAAUGAUCGAGGAAUUAAAAAUCGAUAAAAGACGAUUUGAGCUUGAGGUAGAGAUUGGUAAAUCUCCACCUCUUUCUGAUAAUGAGGUUUGGUGGGAACUGCGGAAUAACGCAUUAGAGUUGAGAGAUGAGUGGAGACUGGAGAAUCGCAGAGCAUUUGCCAACAUAUGGUCAGAUACAGUUUUCGGGAUCUCUUUAUUCAUUCUUUUGUACUUCAAUAAGAGUAAAGUAGCUUUGCUCAAAUUUACUGGUUAUAAAAUAAUAAACAAUAUUUCUGAUACUGGGAAGGCGUUUCUUAUUAUACUUAUCACAGAUAUUUUCCUAGGGUAUCAUUCUGAAUCUGGUUGGCAAACUCUGAUAGAGAUAAUUGUCGAGCAUUAUGGGCUUGAAGUUGAUCAGGCCGCCAUUACUAUUUUUGUUUGCUUUGUACCAGUCAUCGUUGAUGCAUGCGUGAAACUUUGGUUGUUCAAAUUCCUCCCACGGUUAUCCCCAAAAGUGAUGAGUAUAUUUCAGGAAAUGAAGCGUCACUAGUUUACAAUUUCAUGUCUGGCAAAGUGGAUUCAACUGUUUGCUACGGCUUUAUCAACUGGAAGAGUUUCUAUUUUUCACCCUAACCUCAUUCUUGUGUGCAUUUAUUGAUAUUGAAAUGUCCAACAUUUUGUGUAAUUGUAACUGUUCAACGAGUUUCAGCUACUGGUUCAUGUUACUCUAUUUUGCAGACCUGUGCGAACCCACAGGAAUUUUACUGGUUCAAUAGUACAAGGCGGUUCAAGGUGCUUUAUGUGCACAUAAAGAAUAUAUGGUCACUCAAAUCCGCCAAUAAAUAACUACAUCAAUAUAAAGCUUAAACAUGUUAUAAGCUUUAAAUUCAACUCAUUCUUCAGUUUAUGUCCUCGGAUUUUUUUUAUUUUUUACUUUUCUUAAAUCGAUAUUUGUAUACUGAUAUUGAAUAUUUGUUAUGGAGGGUGCUUCGUCAUAAGGGAGCUUCUUUUUCCA